AUGGCUGUAGCGAGCCCUGGCCCCCGUAGCAUGCUUGGGGCCACCCUGCUUCUUGCCAGCACAGCUCUGGACCACACGGUACCAUUGAUGGGGUCCCGCUACCUGAGCAUUGGGGACCGCUCUGUGCUGAAGUUCAAGUUCCCUGAGCACAGUGAAGGCAUCAUCGUGAUUUCAAGCCAGUACCCAGGCCUGGGCAACAAGACCGGGCUCAGCCCCACGCUCAGGGUUACUUCCCUGAACAUGGCUGUGCUGAUCAUCAAGGUUGUGAGUGCCGUAAGCUGGGGCGGCGGGGGCGACUUUGUGGUCAGCAUCCACUCUGACAUGAAGGGACUAGCGCCCUUGCUUCACCUGCAACUCCUGGAGCUGCGUGAGACCCAGGCCCUGCUGAUCGAGGAGGGUCUUGCUGCAGAAGCGGUGCCUACCCUCGUCAGUGCCGACCUGGCCCAUUUCUCGGAGAACCCAGUUCUCUACCUGCUCCUGCCUCUCAUAUUUGUCACCAAGUGUUGAUGUCCUGUAGACCCCCAGCCCAUGCCCUUCCAUGCCUUCCUGAUGGCCAAUGUCUUCAUGUUGCCCAAGGCCCUGGCUUUGGGCCUCAUCAGCACCUGCUCUUCACCUGGGGGUGGGGGGAGCUACCUCUUCAGCCUCCUCCUCGGAGGGGAUGUCACACUUGCCAUCUCCAUAACGUUCAUCUCGAUGGUGGCUGCCACCGGCUUCCUGCCACUGUCCUCAGCCACUUACAGCCACGUGCCCAUCUCCAAGAUCUUGGGGACGCUGCUGUUCAUCGCCACCCCCAUCGCAGCUGGUAUACUGACCAAGUCCAAGCUCCCCAAGUGCUCUCAGCUGCUGCUGCAGAUCAUUAAGCCAUUCAGCUCCGUCCUGCUGCUCCUGGGUGGCCUCUUCCUGGCAUACCGCAUGGGCAGCUUCAUCCUGGCAGGCGUCAGGCUGCCCAUUGUGCUGGUGGGCCUCACCAUGCCCCCGGUCGGCUUUCUGGUAGGCUACUGCCUGGCCACAUGUCUGAAGCUGCCGGUGGCCCAGCGGCGGACAGUCAGCAUCGAGGUAGGGGUGCAGCUGUCCUUCUGCCGCCUCCAAGCUGCCUGGGCCUUCCAGGCCCCAUUCAUUGUGGCGUUGAGCUGCACUUCAGACAUGCUGGCCUUGGUCAUGGGCCACUUCAUCUAUAGCAGUCUGUUCCCAGUUCCCUGA